AUGGAAAACAACUUUUUUAUUUCGUUUCUACAUAAUUAUGCGAAAACAAUGAUACGUUACGCAAUGUCAGCAGCUGAACGUGAAUUUGAUAAAUUUAACGUAAAACUUGACGUGAAAAUAAAUAAUAGUGUUAAUGAUGAUGAUGAUGACGAUGAUGAUGAAGGAGACGGUGAUGAAGAAAUGAAAGAAGGAAUAAGUGAAAAGGAAAUGGAAGAGGCUGAACGAGAAGAAGCAAUUUCAUCAUCACAGCAGUCUGAAACGAUAUCAAUGAUAUCAAAAUUAUCAUCAAUCCAGCGAAAAUAUCCUCGAGAUUAUGAUCGAGAAGAGACUUUGAAUAUUCGUGGCACAGAAACAAGUAUGAUUAGUUCAUGGAUGAGUGGAAUAAAACAACGCAUAAAAUCAUCGUCGAAUUCGCAAACAAUUGAUGCAAAUGAAGAAUAUUAUGGUUAUGGAAAUGUAUCGCCUUUACAGGGAUCGAAUGACAAGGAUUAUAGGAAUCGUAGUCUCGAAAUUGGUGAUAAGGACUAUCGUUUUAAUUCAUCAAGAGAUGAAGAAGGCAAUCAUCGUAAUACAAAUCAAGAUGCUGUAAAUGAAUUCGGUGAUAGUGAUUAUAGAGGCUCUUCACCGCGUGAUCGAAGACGUCGCCGAACGCCGAGUCCGUACAGUUCGAAACGUGCAAGAGGAUAUUCACCUGGACGUGGCGGUUAUAGAGGUCGAGGAUUUCGAGGUCGUUGGGGUGAAAGACAGAUUUGUAAAUUCUUUCGGGAAGGUUAUUGUCGCGAUGGCGAAAAUUGUGCAUAUUCACAUGAUGCAGCAGAUUCCGGUCGUAAACCCGAAUUAUGUAAAUUUUAUCAACAAGGUUAUUGCAAAAAAGGACUUCAGUGUCCUCUUCUUCAUGGUGAAUAUCCGUGUAAAGCCUUUCAUAAAGGUGAAUGUUCUAGAGAUCCUUGCCCAUAUAGCCAUGCUCCACUGAAUAACUUCACUCAGCCAAUAUUUGAUCAAAUUAUGAAAGAUGAUGAACUUGCGUCACGCAUUCCCAUACCGCAGGGUCCUCUCAAACGUCGUGUUUUAAUUCCGGGAGGUCCCACCCCUGCUGCACCUUCUGCUGUACCGGUUAUGGUAUCUCUUCCAUCUGCCAUUGAUCCCUCUGUAAUUGGAGGUGUUAUACCACCUCCAUCAGUCGUAGUGCCAACCUUAGUAUCAAAUCCUGCUGGCACAUUAAAUCAACCACAAAUGAUUAUUCCUCCAGCAGUUGCUGUUCAGUCUUCACAGUAUCCAUCAUUUUUUGCUCAUCAUAGUAUGGCUACACCGAAUACAGUUGAACCAAGUGUUUCAAACGCUAUCAGUUUGAUUGCAAAUUCUAUAUCUGAAGCGUCGACUGCUACAUUGCAGCAAUUUCGUAAUUUGGAUGUAAAAAAUGAUGAACAAGAAGAAGACGACGACGAUUCAUCUUUCAAUAUCAAUAAAAUGCUCGAACAAAUCGCUUCUAAUGUUCGAAAUGACGUACCUGACGAAUCUCCAGCUAGUCCUCCCAUGUUCACGAAUGCGACCAAUGAAACUCCAAUGAUUCCACAUGCAAAUGUUUCUCCUUGGAAAUUGCAUCUUAUGGAUGAUUUACCUGUUCCCAAUGCCAAUAUUGAUCCCAGCAUAUUGCAAAGUUCAUUAACGGAUUCUCGUUUGCGCAAUGAUCCUCGCGUCAAAAAAGCUUUAUCAUCGCAGUUCGAUGCUUUUACCAAUUCAUUAAUGAAUUCAGCUCCACCACCUCUUCCACAGCCCGCUUCAAUUUUUAUUCAGCCUCAAACCUCUCCUAUCGAUCCUCGAACUAUCGCCAAUCGUGAUCCACGGAAACGACUACCUUCCAGUGUUCAAAAAGUUUCUGCUGUUUCUUUUGAAUCUCGAUCUAGCAUGUUAUUAGAACAAAGACCUGCUGAAGAUGAUGCAAAUAGCAGUACAUCAGCGGCACCAUCAACAUCCACAUCACGAUUAGAUCGGCUUUACUCUUCCGAUUUUGCGGAUCCACCGCGGGAUCAGGAUCAUCGUCGUGAUUCUGGAAGCACUUAUCAAGAUGAUCGUUUCGAAAGUCGCCAUUCUUUCGUACCCAAUGUUGGCACAAGUUGGAUGCCACAAACACAUAACAGUGACCAUCGACAGAAUCGACGGUAUGUUGAAAUUUUUUCUUUACCCGUGAAAAUACUAAAAAAGAAAACAAAAAAAAACAGUGAAAUUUACUUUAAACAAAGUUUAAGUUGUUGUAAUCGGAACCGCGACACUGGCUACCGCAGCGACCAUGCAUUUCACGACCAUGAUGAACGUGAGAUAUUGAGUCAUUCAUCUUCCGAAUUGAGUAAAUCUUCUAAUGUUGAUACAGCUUCAUUUGGGUCAACUGGACCUAUUUCUUUGCGAGAAAAGCGAAAAAAUAAUGAGUAUGAAAGUCCAUUAAGUCGAGUGCCAAAUAAUACUCGGUGGGGCCAGUAG